UUUACCGCAUCGGACACUCGCCAUUUCCUCAUUAUCUUCAUCAGCAGGAUAGUGGAGCUAUUUAAUAUCACGUCAAAAUGCGUGAAUGUAUCUCGAUUCACAUCGGACAGGCCGGUGUCCAGAUCGGAAAUGCCUGCUGGGAGUUGUACUGCCUAGAGCACGGAAUCCAGCCCGACGGCCAGAUGCCUUCCGACAAGACCAUCGGCGGCGGCGACGACUCCUUCAACACGUUCUUUAGCGAGACCGGCGCCGGCAAGCACGUGCCCCGUGCCAUCUUUGUUGACCUGGAGCCCACUGUCGUUGAUGAGGUCCGCACGGGCACAUAUCGGCAACUGUUCCACCCUGAGCAGCUGAUCACCGGCAAAGAGGACGCCGCCAACAACUACGCCCGUGGUCAUUACACCAUCGGCAAGGAGAUCGUCGACCUCGUCUUAGACCGGAUCCGGAAGUUGGCGGACGCUUGUACCGGUCUGCAGGGCUUCCUGGUGUUCCAUAGCUUCGGUGGUGGCACCGGAAGUGGUUUUACCUCUCUUCUUUUGGAGCGACUGAGCGUCGACUACGGCAAGAAGUCUAAGCUAGAGUUCGCCGUGUAUCCAGCUCCUCAGGUGUCCACCGCCGUCGUGGAGCCGUACAACUCGAUCCUAACGACCCACACGACCCUGGAGCACUCCGACUGCGCGUUCAUGGUCGACAACGAGGCAAUUUACGACAUAUGUCGCCGGAACCUUGACAUUGAACGCCCAACCUAUACCAACCUAAACAGAUUGAUAGGCCAGAUUGUAAGCUCGAUUACUGCAUCCUUGCGGUUCGAUGGGGCUUUGAAUGUUGAUCUGACAGAAUUUCAAACAAAUCUUGUACCUUACCCACGAAUACACUUUCCUUUGGCGACCUAUGCGCCGGUCAUUUCCGCUGAGAAGGCCUACCACGAGCAGCUGUCUGUUGCUGAUGUGACGAACGCCUGCUUCGAACCAGCCAACCAGAUGGUAAAGUGCGAUCCCCGCCAUGGCAAAUACAUGGCAUGUUGCAUGCUAUACAGAGGUGACGUCGUACCAAAGGACGUCAACGCUGCCAUCGCAACCAUUAAGACCAAGAGGACUAUCCAGUUCGUCGACUGGUGUCCGACCGGCUUCAAGGUCGGCAUCAACUACCAGCCACCCACCGUCGUCCCCGGCGGUGACCUCGCCAAGGUGCAGCGUGCCGUGUGCAUGUUGAGCAACACGACCGCCAUCGCCGAGGCCUGGGCCCGCCUGGACCACAAAUUUGAUCUGAUGUACGCCAAGCGGGCUUUCGUCCACUGGUACGUGGGAGAGGGGAUGGAGGAGGGGGAGUUCUCCGAGGCCAGAGAGGACUUGGCGGCUCUCGAGAAGGACUACGAAGAGGUGGGCGUCGACUCUGCGGAAGGCGAGAAUGACCAGGAGGAGGAUGAAGAAGAAUAUUAGUAAUAAACAAUGAAGAUAUAUAGCAAGAGUGAACGUAUGACUUACUUUUUACUUCUUAAACUAGUUUAUGAUACUUUCUACGCACGAGUAAGCAAGGGUAACAUGACAUCCUUUUCUACGCAAAAAACAAAAAUACUUUCGUAGAAAUGUCGUGUCAUACAAAGAUACCACGGAUUUGCAAUAAACUUUAUCACACAAAACACUUUGUUCCGUUCAUGCACAGAAUUGAUUAAGUAGUAUAAAUAUAAAUGAAUAUUUCGUUCAUUUUAACAAGAAGGUCAUGAAGGCCUAAUAUUGUACCGUUCAUCUGAGUACCAUAGCUUUAAUUAAAUCGAAAAGAAAGCCGCAAAAAACCUUUAAAUUGACAUCAGUAAGAUCAACACUCUGACCUUGUUCAAUGAAAUAUGGAACAAAAUGUGGCCCAUGGAAUGGAUGAUAAACUUUGAAACAAGUGACCUUAUGACCUAGUUUUUGAUCUGACAUGAUCAGUAUUUGCACUAGACGUUGGUUUUAAUGAGACAAAUAGAACAUUAAUGCAGACAAACACUGAUGAAGAGUGAGUGAAAUGGGGCAUCUAUUGUGCUUUCAAGUUUCCCCAAUAUUUGACCUCAUGGCUUUUUACACGUUCUGAAU